AUGAAUUGGAUAUUCAUUUUGCUAGUCUGCGUCGGAUUAUCGAGUUGCCAUACGACCGAAGCGCAGCCUGAGGAUGGAAAGCAGAAGGGAUUUAUUGACUGGAUCAACAACCUGCUUGGAGGCACUACGACAACAACCGAGAAACCUUCAAACGAGCCGCCCAAGAACUGUCCUACAUGCCAGUGCGGGCUCGCCAGGACUCAUCGGCGCAUCGUAGGCGGUAUGGAGACGAAACAGAAGGAGUACCCUUGGAUGUGCGUGAUGAUGUACGGAGGUCGCUUCUACUGCGGCUGCUCCCUCAUCGCCGACCUCUACGUGCUGACCGCCGCUCACUGUACUGCUGGAUUCCGAAAAGAAAGGAUGACAGUUCGCUUCUUGGAGCACGAUCGCCAUGUCGCGAAUGAGACGAAGACAAUAGACAGGAAGGUGGCAGCCAUCAUUCGCCACGCCCGCUACAACCCUGGCACAUAUGACAGUGACAUCGCCAUGUUGAAGUUAGAUCAGAGGAUAGACCUGACCAGCGCAAUUAAGAAGUUGAAGAGCGACGGUGAAGUCACCGAAGAGGAGGAAGACCGCGGGGUGGCCACGGUGUGCCUGCCGGAGCCCGAGCUGUCGUACACCGGACACACUGCCACGGUGGCCGGCUGGGGCACUACUGAGGAGGGCGGCUCCGUUUCCAACGUCUUGAGGGAGGUAAUGGUUCCAAUAAUCUCCAACGACGAAUGCCGUAAAUCGACCUACAAGGGGCGCAUAACAGAUAACAUGCUGUGCGCUGGAACUGACGAGGGCGGGAAGGACGCGUGCCAGGGAGAUUCAGGUGGACCCUUGCACGUAUACAAAAACGAGACCAACACGUGGCAUAUAGCAGGAGUUGUAUCCUGGGGAGAAGGAUGCGCAAGACCGAAAACACCAGGAGUGUACACCAGGGUCAAUCGGUUCUUGACCUGGAUCAAAUCCAAUACCAAAGACGCCUGUUACUGCGAGGAAAAGUUUAUUAAGAAAUAUUAA